CGUGUGGGAAUCGCCGCGGCCCGGGCGGCGGGACAGGAGCGGGACAGCAGCGGGCCCGGAGCCGCCCGCCCGCUCGCCGAGCGCCGCCAUGGCGUCGAUGCUGCUGCAGAGCUGCGGGCGGCGCGCCUGCCGCCUGCCCCGAGCGCUGCGCCGCCCGCCGCAGCCCGGUAACUUGGGAGAUCGGGCAUGUCUUAGCUGUACAUCCCUGAGGCUGACAAACAAAAUGACUGUACACUUUAAAUAUUGCACUAGUGUCCCUCCUGUUUACGCCUACUCCAAAAAAGGUCACUAUUGUUGUUGGACUAAAGGAUCUGAACAAAUACACUUUUCUCUUGCGAGCUCUUCUGGCUCAUGGACGCCACUAGCAACCGUGGGUGUUUUAGGUCCCCAGUAUCUUCCACUUAGGUGGUGGCAUUCUUCACGUCCCCUUCAAGAUGACUCCAUAGUUGAAAAGUCACUGAAGUCCUUAAAGGAUAAAAACAAGAAGCUGGAAGAAGGAGGUCCUGUAUAUAGUCCAACAGAAGUGGAAGUUGUGAAAAAAUCUCUUGGACAGAGGAUUGUGGAUGAACUGAAGCACUAUUACCAUGGGUUUCGAUUGCUGUGGAUUGACACAAAAAUAGCUGCGAGGAUGCUCUGGAGAAUCCUGCACGGAAACACUUUGUCUCGUCGGGAACGGAGACAGUUUCUUCGAAUAUGUGCUGAUAUUUUUCGUCUGGUCCCUUUCUUGGUUUUUCUUGUUGUCCCAUUUAUGGAGUUUUUGCUUCCAGUAGCUCUUAAGUUGUUCCCUAAUAUGCUUCCCUCUACAUUUGAGACGAAGUCUAAAAAGGAGGAAAGAUUGAAGAAAGAAUUGCGAGUAAAACUUGAAUUGGCUAAAUUCCUUCAAGACACCAUUGAGGAGAUGGCCUUAAAAAAUAAAGCAGCCAAGGGAAAUGUUACAAAAGAUUUUUCAACAUUCUUUCAAAAGAUCAGGGAAACUGGUGAAAGACCCAGUAAUGAGGAGAUCUUAAGGUUCUCUAAACUGUUUGAAGAUGAGUUGACGCUGGACAAUCUGACCAGGCCUCAGCUGGUGGCACUUUGUAAAUUGUUGGAACUUCAGUCAAUUGGGACAAAUAACUUCCUCCGCUUCCAGCUGACCAUGAGGUUGAGGAGCAUAAAAGCAGAUGACAAGAUGAUUGCUGAAGAGGGAGUUGAUACCCUGACUGUUAAAGAACUGCAGGCAGCUUGUCGUGCCCGAGGGAUGAGAGCUCUUGGUGUGACAGAGGAGCGUCUCAAGGAGCAGCUUAAACAGUGGUUGGAUCUGCACCUGAACCAGGAAAUUCCUACUUCAUUGCUUAUUUUAUCCAGAGCCAUGUAUCUUCCAGAUACCCUUUCUCCAGCUGACCAGCUCAAAACAACCCUUCAGACACUACCAGACAGUGCUGCUAAAGAGGCUCAAGUGAAAGUGGCAGAAGUUGAAGGUGAAAAAAUAGAUAACAAAGUGCGGCUGGAAGCAACACUUCAGGAAGAGGAAGCCAUCAGAAAAGAAAAUGAAGAAAAAAAAUUGUCUGAAGCGGCAGAGAAAGCCAAAGAAACUCUUGAAGUUGCAGCCAUGAAGGCAAUGGAACCAGCAGCAGAUCUUGAAGCAACUGCUCUGCAAGCUAAAAAAAGCCAGGUGGCAAUGGAUACUGAACCAGAAGUGGCACGGGCAGGUGCAGCAGUGCACUCAGAGGCACUGAUAGAUACAGCACCAGUAUUGGAAGGCAUUAAGGGUGAAGAAAUCACCAAGGAGGAGAUUGAUGUGCUGAGUGAUGCUUGCACCAAGCUGCAGGAACAGAAAAAAGCACUAACAAAGGAAAAGGAGGAGCUUGAGGAGUUGAAGGAUGAUAUCCAGGAGUAUAACGAGGAUUUGCAAGAGAUAAAGGAGCUUUCUAAAACUGGUGAGGAAGAGGCAGUGGAAGAGUCAAAGGCAAGCAAGCGACUGACGAAGAGAGUGAACCGAAUGAUUGGCCAGAUAGACAAAAUUAUUGUGGAAUUAGAGACAAGUCAAAAGACAGAUGAUGCAAAGCUGGAUGGUGAGGAUACUCCUGCUGGGAAGAAUCUCAUCAGUAUUGCUGAGCUAAUUAAUGCAAUGAAACAAAUUCAGAAGAUUCCAGAGGAAAAGCUGACAAGGAUUGCAGAGGCACUGGAUGAAAACAAGGAUGGCCAAGUCGAUAUAGAUAAUGUUGUUAAGGUAGUAGAAUUGAUUGACAAAGAAGAUAUUGAUAUUGGCACCAGCCAGGUUGCUGAGAUUAUGUCACUGCUUCAAAAAGAAGAAAAACUGGAGGAAAAAGAGAAAGCAAAGGAAAAGCAUGAUAAAGAAGCUGCAGAAGCAAAGAAUUAAGCUUCAGAAUCUGAAGCUAAUCACAGUUGUAACCAAAAUCUUGUAUAUCUUUCUGUGUCUAAUGGCUUACAAAUUACUUGAGCUUUGUGAUUAUGGGAAGUGUUUUGAGCUGAUUCUGGUAAUAAAUUGUAGAUACGUUUUCUGACAUAUGGAAUGAAAUUUCCAUUAGUCAAAGAAGUGAUUUAGUGUCAUUCCAUACUGAUGAAAACAGAAUAUGCUUCUUUAGCAGUGCUCCUGCCCACAAAAACAUGUAUUUGCACUCAUUGUUGUGGUACAGUGAUCCAUUAAACUUGGAAGUUUGCUGUAUAAAUUAAGUGUAUGUAUCAUGGAAGAAUGUUUCCCAUUUAUUUUCUUUCGUCAUUACAUGGGGCCCAACCUUGCUCUGCUUCUACCUUUUAGCUUUUUCAGAAUUUAAUACAAGGUUUUUCUGUUCCAUCACAAUAUUACAUAUUUUCUAAUCUGCUAGUGAAAAUCCUGUGGCUUCAGUAGUAGCUCUAUAGAUGUAGAGUUUUUUAAGCUAAAUAUCACUAAGCUGUUGCCUCACUGACAGAGAAUGUGGCAUUCUGAUCACUUUUAUGAAUUCAUGAUUAUUAUUAUUUUCUGUUGAAGGGAAAAAUCAGAUUUAUUUUUCCCUAGAAUGGAAACUUGGCAUGAAGUUUGCUACUUAUGGGUGCCUUAAAUUUCAUAGAACUAGGGAGUAGAGUAUGUUGGUUCUACUCAAAACUCCGUGAAUUAUUAAAGCAUUGGAAUCACAGGAGCCUUUAAAAUAGUUUCAGAACACAAUCUGUCACAUGGUAAAGUGAGUUAAAAGUGUUUGUCUGAAUAGCAGAAUGAAAAUAAUCAAAAGGGAAAAAUGUCAGUUGUGAUCUUUUUGCAUAUCUUUUUAAAAAUGUUGCUAUAUUUGUGUGCUCGUUUUUCAUCUGAUAAUUAUUUACACCAUAACUAGUUCUCUUACCUCUCAAUUUUCAUCUCAGGUAUAAAGUCAUUAGCCAGGUAUAGUUGGAGUGCAUAAAUAUGUUCAUCUCAUGGGUUUGCUUACUGUGCAGUCAAUAAGUCAUUUCUGGUAUUGCCAGUGUGCUGAUUACAUUACUGGUUUUCUAAUUGCCUAUAGCCACUGUCUUUAAACGUGUGACUACAUACUGGCAGUAGGUCAAGGUUUUCUCAUUAAUAUUUCUUCUUAGUAGUAAAUUUUAAAGUUUUAAAACUAAAAUACUAACUCUGGGAUGUUCCAUAAUUCAUGGUAGCCUAAAUUUUACACUUUUCUUAAAAUCUGUUACAAAAUACAUAUAGUGUGGCUUGAACCAGCAGGGCUGUAGUUUGGGUUUUUUAUUUUAUUUUGCACCCAGUAUUACAAAAUGUAUGAACAUUCUUGAUUUUGUGUACACUAUAGAGAGCACAUCUUACAAUGGCACUGUACAUGGUGAUAUUGAGGUGGGCAGUUAGUACUUAGUGCUUUUAGUCAUAGUUGCAUAUUUUCAUAGAAAAUGUCAACUCCCAAGUAUAUUUCAGCAUAAUUCCAUGUGCAGUAUUUAUCUAGAUUGGCUAAAUUAUUUGUACAAACUUAUUUGAAGUUAGUGGAACAAAAGUUUUGACAGUCUCAUGGCUUGCAUGAUAUGGACCAUUGUAUUUAGUUGUUUCCAAAGCAAUAUGUACAGUGAGAUGUACAGUUCUAGAAAAAGUCAGUGUCUAGUUCAACUAUUGAGUUCAUAUUCUGUACAGUUUGCAAAGAAAGCUGCUUACAGCGAGAUCCUUCUAGGAAUGACUGUAAUUGUAUCUGAAGUGUAAAGUUGCUGUGAUGAAGCUGAAAUUUCAAAUCAGUACAAUCUUUAUGGUUCAUGGAUCCCUAAACAAGGGGGCUGUUCUCUUCCUCAUAAAUCGAGAUUACCUUGGAGAUUUCAGCAUGAAAGUCACUUUGUAGAUUUUUGAAGGUCUGACUUCACUAGGUGCUUUUUUAUUUUAGGCCAACGCUUGUAUUAGAUGAAAUUCAAGAAUAAAACUGAUUUCACAAAAAUACAAUCUAGAAACUAAUUUUACAUUUUAUAAUUUACAGCUAGAAUUUCUGGGCUUUGAAGUAUGCUAAAUUUUUACAGUGGCAUAUUUUGAAUUUGAAAACAAUGUAUAAGAAUAUUACUUGACAUUCCUGAAAUGUGGUAAAGAUAAUCUAAAAUUGCCUGCUACCUUUCAUGGAAUAUCAAAAACCUAAGAAUUGUAUUCACUUGAAUGCAUGCAGAUUUAAACCAGGAAAAUAGCAGAAAAAGCUAUGUUUUCAAAUAUUUAUUGAUUGAAGUUUUACAGAGCUUUAACUGGCCUGAAAGUAAAUUGGCUGAUGGCAGUAUUUGGGAGUUUAAGACACUUUGCUGCUGUUCUAUGUUUACUGUUCACUUAAAUUUUCUGUGGAUUAAAUAAGAAGGGAGCCAAAAAUAGCUGAUUUUUUUGUUUAAAUGCCAGUCACGAAUGCCAGCUUGCUGCUGUGACCUAAAGCGAUCACAGGACUUGCAUACCAACCAUAGAAAGGACUUUCCUGGGGAAUACGUUCCUUCUGUUGAAAGCAGGCAAACCCAUGGCACCUGGACUUCAACAACACAUGUUCUGCAAGCUUUAAAGGAUUAGGAAGCCAUCAGUGAUCCACUUUUACCCAACCUUGAACCUCCCAAGCAGCUCUGUCUCUGUGAUACAGGCAACUGCAGCAGAUUGGAAUAGCUCCAGAUAAUGUGUUUAGUUGCCUUUGGUGUUGACCAAAAAACCCAGAAGCUGUGGUAUGUUCAGAGAAAGGAUGACUUCCAAGUGUACAGUAACUGGUCUGAACUUAUUCCUGAAUGAAUAUUUAAUCAGAAGAUGUAAAUAUUUCUUUAAAUAAUUUAAAGGACAUGCGAGAUUCCGAUGACUUUGUGACUUACACAGGCAAAGCUUCUGAGCUCAGACUUAGGUAAUUGGUAAGACCAUUGAUGGGGUUGUUGCAGAUUCAAAUAAGACAGAUUUUGACUAUAAGCUAUUCAGGGGGGAAAUGUAAAACACACAAAAAGCUUUUUUAAAAUUCCAUUUAGCAACAGGAAAGAAAAGUAGAGUAGGAUGCAAUUUCCCCCUUCAAAACAAGUGUGUUAUAGGACCUAUUUUAUGAAAAACUUGUUUCCAUUUCAUCUUAGCCCAAAAGAUGGUUUUCACAGAGAUUUUCAUCACUGACUGCAUGCUGUGAGAGUCAGUCUGCCUGCAGGUUAAGUGCCAGAAAGCUGGUUCAGUCAGAGUUUGUCAGCCGGACUGCAUGCAGGUAGAGAAUAGUCUCUUGCCAGGAUAGUUCCUUACCCUUAUGUAGGCUUUGUCUGGGGAAAACGUUACAUCUUUUAUACAACUCCAAAAUACUUCUUGUAACUUUAUAUCUGCAUACCUUGCUGAUAAUUUUAACUUUAGCUACUUCAGCAUGUAUUUAAAUACUUUUAAAUUGUUAAUAUCAAAUAAUUGGGUAUACUUAAUUAGAAGAAUAAUCCCAUAUUCUGUUCUUUGUAUGUAUUCCAAGUUUUGCUUUUCAGUUGAUGAAUUUCAGCCUGUGUUAUAAAUUUAAGUUGAAAAUCAUUUGUCUGUGCACUGAGCAUUCUGGUCCUGUGUUUGCCAUAACGCAGUAGAAAAUUUUUAUAUUAACUGGAGCUUGUGUCCUUUGUUUAGUUACAAUAAAAGUAUCAUUUUGAAACUUAA